UCAACAGCAGCAACAGUUCGUCAGACACCUCGGUAGCUUACUAGACAACAUAGACGAACCAAUAAAUCUCUUUAGACGCUUUCGUGUGUAUUAGCCACUGUGUUUUAAACCCACAUCUGUCGUCUAGUCCGUUAUCCCAUUUAUUUUAAAUGUUUACGUUGUUAUUAGUCAGCUAGCUGGCUGGUUAAGUUAGCGUUAGUAGUUAGCGUUAGCCUAGCUAGCUAACAUCCCCGACCAUGAGUUCACUAAACUACUCUCGUCUUGCUAAAGACUGGACGGAGGAAGAAGCUUCCCCUCCAGCUACAGAAGAGGAGGUCUGCUGGACGGAGAAAGAAACUCUCGUUAAAGAGGAGAAGGAAGAGAAGGUUGUUACAAUACAAAAACAAGUAGAUGAUGAGGCUGUUACAGUGAAAGAAGAAGAGAAAGACGUUUCAGUGAAAGAAGAGGAUGUUACUGUAAAAGAAGAGGAUGUUACUGUAAAAGAAGAGGGGGAUGUUACUGUAAAAGAAGAGGAGGAUGUUACUGUAAAAGAAGAGGAGGAUGUUACUGUAAAAGAAGAGGAGGAUGUUACUGUAAAAGAAGAGGAGGAUGUUACUGUAAAGGAAGAGGAGGAAGAUGCGUUCAGAGUGAAAGAGGAAGACGAUGUUACAGUAAAAGAAGAGGAAGGUGCCGUUUUUGGAGUGAAAUUGGAGGAGGAGGAGAUGACUGUCACAUCGAAAAAGGAGGAAGAAGAGGAAACUGGAUAUCUUGGCCCGGCUCCCCAAAGCCAUCUUAAGGCAUCCAGUAUUGAUGAUGAAGUUAGCCGUGAGAUGCUUUUGAGAAACCGGGCCCUGAUUAACACUAGAGAGAGACGGGACUAUAGUGGAUCCUCUGGGGAGCCUCAACAACAUCAUGAAGCGGACGAGGCAGAGAAGAGUCUCUUCACAUCAGAACACCUCAAGAAACACCAGCGGAAACCCACAGGGAAGAAACUUCACCACUGCUCUGACUGCGGGAAGAGUUACUCAAGAUUAGAUUCACUAAAAGUACACCAGAGAAUUCACACAGGCGAUACAGCUCAUUGCUCUGACUGUGGGAAGAAAUUCACCUCUUCAGCAGACCUAAAAAGACAUGAGAGAAUCCAUACAGGUGAGAAACCUUAUAGCUGUGAACAAUGUGGGAAGAGAUUUACGCACUCAAGCUGCCUGAAGGUACAUCAGAGAACACACACAGGAGAGAAACCUUUUAGCUGUGAUGAAUGUGAGAAGAGAUUUGUUACAUCUAGCCGUCUGACUAUACACCAGAGAACACACACAGGAGAGAAACCUUAUAGCUGUGAGCAAUGUGGGAAACGUUUUAAUGUUCGAAGCGGCCUGAAAACACACCAGACAACACACACAGGGGAGAAAUCUUUUAGUUGCUCUGACUGCGGGAAGACCUUUUCAAAAUUAUAUACAUUAAAAUUACACCGGACAAUUCACACUGGGGAGAAACUUUAUAGCUGUAAUCAAUGUAGGAAGAGCUUUAAUCACUCAAGCUUGCUGAAGGUACAUCAGAGAACACACAAAGGAGAGAAAUCUUUUAUAGCUGUGAUCAAUGUGGGAAGAGAUGUGUUACAUCUAGCAGUCUGACUAUACACCAGAGAACACACAUAGGAGGCAUAUCGUACAGCUGUGAUCAAUGUGGGAAAAUGCUUACAUCUAGCAGUCUGACUGUUCACUAGCAGACACAGGAGGGAACCCUCGUAGCUGUAAUCAAUGUGGGAAGAGUUUUACUCAGCCAAACGUCCUGCUAUCACACCAGAGAACACAGGAGAGACACCUCGUAGCUGUAAUCAAUGUGGGAAGAGUUUUACUCAGCCAAACAUCCUGAUAUCACACCAGAGAACACAGGAGAGACACCUCGUAGCUGUAAUCAAUGUGGGAAGAGUUUUACUCAGCCAAACGUCCUGCUAUCACACCAGAGAACACAGGAGAGACACCUCGUAGCUGUGAUCGAUGUGGAAAGAGUUUUACUCAGCCAAACGUCCUGCUAUCACACCAGAGAACACAGGAGAGACACCUCGUAGCUGUAAUCAAUGUGGGAAGAGUUUUACUCAGCCAAACGUCCUGCUAUCACACCAGAGAACACAGGAGAGACACCUCGUAGCUGUGAUCGAUGUGGAAAGAGUUUUACUCAGCCAAACGUCCUGCUAUCACACCAGAGAACACAGGAGAGACACCUCGUAGCUGUGAUCGAUGUGGAAAGAGUUUUACUCAGCCAAACGUCCUGCUAUCACACCAGAGAACACAGGAGAGACACCUCGUAGCUGUAAUCAAUGUGGGAAGAGUUUUACUCAGCCAAACGUCCUGCUAU